AUGUCAAACCCAAACAAUGUGAGUAACAACAACCACGAUGAGAACCCUAACAAUAGGAUACCAUUGAACAUCAUGCCACCAGGUGAUCCGGUUGACGACCCUCCCCCUGAUGCUAGUGUUGCCAACUCAAAUGUAGCUGUUAAUGACAGCGGAGAUACACUCGUCGAUAGGGGAACUGCUUGUAGGGAAAGCGCAGAGGCAGGAGAGGAGAUUAACUUACACGUGAUUUAUGAUUUAUUGCAGGAAAAGCAGACUGACGGCUGUAAAGGGUUAAGAGAUGAAGUUGCACGGCUAUUGAAAAACGGUCAUCUCCGGGAGUUUCUAAGUGAACGAACAAAUAGUCAUUUCAAGAACACGGAAAAAAGCAAGAAGACCGAACCAGAGGAGCCCCAACAUGUGAUCAACAUGAUCAUUGGUGGGGUAGAAAUACCCCGAGGCCCGACAAUGAAGAAAACAAAGUUCUCAAUCACCCAGGAAAAGAGGACCAGGGACUACGUACCGGAUGAAUUUAUCUCCUGCAGUGAUGAAGACGUAGAGGGCAUCAUUCAACCACAAAACGAUGCUUUGGUAAUUUCUGUCCUUAUAAACAAAACUCAUGUGAAAUGUAUUUUGAUUGAUCCAUGUAGCUCGGUCAAUAUUAUCCAAUGGAAGGUAGUGGAGCAGCUGGGACUGUUGGAUCAGAUUGUACCAGCAGCCCGGGUCUUAAACGGGUUUAAUAUGGCUUGUGAAACUACAAAGGGAGAGAUCACACUACCGGUAAAUGCAGCCGGUGUAUUUCAACACACGAAGUUCUAUGUCAUUGACGAAGAGAUGAGAUACAACGCCUUGCUCGGAAGACCGUGGUUGCACAUCAUGAGGGCAGUACUUUCAACCUUGCACCAAAUGCUGAAAUUCCCAACCUUGGAGGGAGUAAAAAUCAUUCAUGGAGAGAAACCUGCGGCAAAAUAA